GCGGAAGUGACGACAGAGUCUGGGGGCGGAGACUCAAGAUGGCGGCUGUGGUGCUGGUGGCGACGCGGUUGUUGCGGGGCUCGGGUUCUUGGGGCCGCUCGCGGUUGAGGUUUGGGCCUCCUGCGCACAGACGGUUUAGCAGUGGUGGUGCCUAUCCCAACAUCCCCCUCUCUUCUCCCUUACCUGGAGUACCCAAGCCUGUUUUUGCUACAGUUGACGGACAGGAAAAGUUUGAAACCAAAGUCACCACAUUGGAUAAUGGGCUUCGCGUGGCGUCUCAAAAUAAGUUUGGACAGUUUUGUACAGUAGGAAUUCUUAUUAAUUCAGGAUCAAGAUAUGAAGCAAAAUAUCUUAGUGGAAUUGCUCACUUUUUGGAAAAAUUGGCAUUUUCGUCUACUGCUCGAUUUGACAGCAAAGAUGAAAUUCUGCUUACGUUGGAAAAGCAUGGGGGUAUUUGUGACUGCCAGACAUCAAGAGACACUACCAUGUAUGCUGUGUCUGCUGACAGCAAAGGCUUGGACACGGUGGUCGGCUUACUGGCCGACGUGGUUCUGCAGCCCCGGCUAACAGAUGAAGAGGUGGAGAUGACGCGGAUGGCGGUCCAGUUUGAGCUGGAGGACCUGAACAUGCGGCCCGACCCAGAGCCACUCCUCACCGAGAUGAUUCACGAAGCAGCUUACAGGGAGAACACAGUUGGCCUCCACCGUUUCUGCCCUGCAGAAAACAUAGCAAAGAUGAGUCGGGAAGUGCUGCAUUCCUACCUGAGGAACUACUACACCCCUGACCGCAUGGUGCUGGCCGGCGUGGGUGUGGAGCACCAGCUCCUGGUGGAAUGUGCCCGCAAGUACCUCCUGGGGGUCCAGCCGGCCUGGGGCAGCGUGGAGGCCGUGGAUGUUGACAGAUCCGUGGCCCAGUACACUGGGGGGAUUGCCAAGGUGGAAAGGGACAUGUCCAACGUCAGCCUGGGGCCAACCCCCAUCCCCGAGCUCACGCACAUCAUGGUUGGACUAGAGAGCUGCUCCUUCCUGGAGGAGGACUUCAUCCCUUUCGCUGUGCUGAACAUGAUGAUGGGGGGAGGCGGCUCCUUCUCGGCCGGCGGGCCCGGCAAGGGCAUGUUCUCCAGGCUCUACCUGAACGUGCUCAACAGGCACCACUGGAUGUACAAUGCGACCUCCUAUCACCACAGCUACGAGGACACGGGCCUCCUGUGCAUCCAUGCCAGUGCCGACCCGAGACAGGUUCGAGAGAUGGUAGAAAUCAUCACAAAGGAGUUUAUUUUAAUGAGUGGAACCGUGGACGCGGUGGAGCUGGAGCGAGCCAAGACGCAGCUGACGUCCAUGCUUAUGAUGAACCUGGAGUCCAGGCCCGUGAUCUUCGAGGACGUGGGGAGGCAGGUGCUGGCCACUCGUUCCAGAAAGCUGCCGCACGAGCUGUGCACGCUCAUCCGCAAUGUGAAGCCGGAAGAUGUGAAGAGAGUUGCUUCUAAGAUGCUCCGAGGGAAGCCGGCAGUGGCCGCCCUGGGCGACCUGACCAACCUGCCCACUUAUGAGCACAUCCAGACCGCCCUGUCCAGCAAGGAUGGGCGCCUGCCCAGGACGUACCGGCUCUUCCGGUAGAGCCGCUGCCUGGCCGGACGGACCCAGGAGCUGCCGCCAGCGCCCUUUCCCACGCGUGUUAGUUUGGACACAAAUUUAGUGUAAGCAGCUGUUUGGUUGUAGAACCAGCGCACUGUCGCCA